AUGCUCACAGGAAUGACUUCUUGGUUACUGCUAAGCAUUAUCUUUGGCUUUAGCCAAGGUUUAAGUGAUGACAGUUGGAUCUUGACUCCCAAUGUUUUCCGAUGCAAUGAAACAGAAAUCAUUUUGGUUCACUCAUUCACUUCCCAAAGAACUUGCCUAAAACUUCAACUGAAGACAGAAAUAGAUGGAAAAGUCAUUAAUGAGACUGAGAAAGUAAGGUUCACCGAAAAAAAAAAGCAGUUUCAACUUGGAGUAUUUAAUGACAACUGCAUCAAUGACUAUGUAUAUUUGUAUAUCACAACUUACCAAAGUGAAAAUAAUUUCUCUGAGAUAAAUAAUGACGAAUGUCUUGAUAUUAUCAUUGGAAAAAUAAUUAAAUAUAAAAUUCCAGUACAGAAAGAUGUUGGCUACAUCUUUAUUCAAACGGAUUUACCAAUUUACCUUCCAAAGCAAACAGUACAAAUUCGGAUCUUCCGGCUGAAUGAAAAUAUGUACCCAAUGAACAUGUCUGUGAAAAUGGUUAUAAAGGACCCAUCCAAUUCUGUGGUUAAAUCCCAAAUAUUCAAUGAUGAAGCAGAUAUUAUUUCAACUUCAUUUAAACUGAAUGAUAAUUCCCAGACUGGAGCAUGGAUAAUUUCAGUGAAAUAUAUUGGAAAAGAGAUGCUUAAAGAAACAAAUAUAAGAUUUUUGGUGCAAGAAUAUGUUAUGCCAAAAUUUGAAAUACACAUUGAUGUUCAGCCCAAGUUGAUUUCAAAGUCCACCAAGUUUAUGAACAUAUCAAUAUCUGCAAUGCAUUUUUAUAAUAAGACCGUAGAGGGAAAGGUUUAUUUACAAUAUGGAAACAAUGGAGACAAAAUUUCAGGAAAGUUGAAGAAUGGACAAUAUUUCAAGCGAGUGGAAAUAAAAGGCGAACAUUGUGGAGCAUUCCAUAUCAAUGCAAAAGUAAUUGAAAAAAAUACACGAAUGGCAGAAUAUAAAACUGACAGUACAGCAAACUUUAUAAACAGUAAUAUAAGUACAGAAGAGAAAAAUGUAUAUGAAAGGAAGCCAAAACAUGAGUUGUAUCUUAAGAAAAUUUCUGACAAAGAAUAUUACAUGACAGGAGAUCUGAUUGAAGUUACUGCAGAAAAUUGUAACCAAAUUCACUACUGUAUAAUUGGACGUGGCAGGAUAUUGAAUUGUGGAAAAGAAUAUAAAUAUUCUGAAAACACCCCUGCAAAAAUAAUAUUUUCUUUAGACGAAAACAUGAUUCCUGUGGCAGAACUUAUUACUUACUGCUUCAAACAAGAAUUAAUUAAUUCAACAGCAUCAUUGAGCUUUAAAGUUCUUGACAUUUGCUCUCAAAAGAAACAGUUGCAGGUGCAGAUCCUACCCAAAAAGAAAUUCUACUCACCUAAAGAAAAAAUCAUCAUUCAAAUGAAAGGAUCUCAAGACCAGACAAUUGGGUUGUCACUUGUUGAUGAUGCUGUACAUGUCAUAAGCAACAGAUACAGACUAACAACUGAUUUUGUGAGAAGAAAGAUGCUGUCCCAUAAUCUUGAGUCCUUUGCCAGCUUGCAGAAACUACAUAAAUUCAAAUUCUCACAUGCUGGGUAUAAUAUUCAUGAAGUACAACCUGAAAAGAAAGAGGCUUUGAUCAUCUUGGACAAAGCUUCUCCUACACACCAACAUGAUUUGGAGGGUGACAUAGAAGUGUCCGAUAAAUACCAUGUUCCAAAAGCUUUACCCCAAAGAUCAGAUUUAGGUCAGAAAAUAUAUAAUUACUUCCCAGCAUCAAAAUUAUUUAAAAGUUACAGCUUAAGCCAUGGUAAGGUAUUAAAUGAGACUCUAAUUUUGCCUGACUCUCUGACCCGUUGGCGCUUUCAGGCUAUAUCACUCUCAAAAAAUAGUCCAUUUUGUGUCUAUGAACCUCCACCCAUUAUUACAUUUAAAUAUAUUGUUCCUGAGUUACAUACUCCAAAAUAUGUGAAGAUAUAUGGAAUGUUUGAAGUCAAAUUUAUUCUCUACAACUAUGGACACAAAGCAGUUAAUGUAAAAAUCACCUUGGACAAGACAAAAUACAUUUGUUCAAAACAGAACACAAUGAAUGUGAAUGUACCAUCCUUGAACUCCAAGGUAACAAAAUUUCUUGCCUAUACCAUGUACACUGGGAAUGUGCCUAUCUCAGUAACCAUUGAAUAUUACCAAGAUCCUGAUGGUAACGUUAGGGAGACCAUUGAAAAGAUUAUUUUUGUUCAAGACCAUGAGGUUUCAAAUGCAAAAAUUUUAACUUUCUUUCUGGAAAAGACGGAUGACUUUGAAGACUCUGCAGUCACUGGAAUGACAUGCAAUGAACGGACUGUGCUAGCAGACAUUGUAAAGACAACACUGCAAGAACCUGAAAAACUGAUGCAAAAAUCACAUGGGUCAGGCAAUCAAAAUAUCAUCUACAUGGCCAUGUCUGUCUAUGUUCUAAAAUACAUUCUAAACACAAAACAAAUGAAUCAAGAGAUCUAUAAUAAUGGAACAAAGUUUAUCAGAAUGGGAAUUGAAAAGCAGAAGUUAUUCCAAAAGAAUGAUGGCUCCUAUUCAACUUAUGAUGAUACCAGGUCCAGUAUAUGGUUAACAGCAUUUGUCUUAAAGAUAUUCUGUCAAGCAUCAGAAUUUGAAGAAAUUGACAAUAGUCUUACACGACAAACAAUGUUUUGGUUACUAAAGCAGCAGAACUUGGAUGGCCAUUUUGAAGAUACUUCAUAUCUACAUUCGGAUAUUAUGGGUGGAAGAUCUGUUUUGGAACUGACAGCAUUUGUUCUUAUCAGCUUAAUGGAAUGCAGGCAAAUACAUGCCAAGGAGAUCUUUGAAAAUGAGGGAAGAAUCAUCUUAUCAAUGGAAUAUUUGGAGAAGAAUCUGGACACCAUCAAUGACAGAUUAACACUGGCAAUUACAACUUAUGCUUUAACUUUGACAAUAAGCAGCAAGCGGAUAGCUGCCUGGAAAAAAAUGACAAGUAUGGUUCAACCAUGGCAGGAAGUUAAUUCUUUAGAGAAGCCAUCCUCAGAAUCUGUCCUGAUAGCUUCCUAUGCUCUUCUGACUCAGCUACAGUAUGAUAAUAUUACAACUGCUUUUCAAAUUUUCAAUUGGUUGAUUCAACAAAAGGACAAAAAUGGUAUGUUCAGCUCUACACAGAAUACUGUCAUUGCUCUGCAGGCCUUGGCUGAAUACAGCAUCAAAUGGAAUGCUCCUGAUUUGAACCUGAAGAUCAUGCAGCUAACUAAGAAUUAUAAUAUGAAAUCAGAUGCAACAAUAAACAAAACAUCAUUUUUAAAAAAAAUAAAUCCAUCAGUUGAUGCCACAGAAAACCAAAUAAAGAUCACUUCAAUUGGAGUACCUUCAACUUAUGUACAAGUUUUGACAGAUUUCAACAUUUUCAACACCAAACAGAAGAAUUGUCAUUUUACCAUAAUUUAUAGCAUGGGAAAAAAAACUCCUCAAAUAAACAGUUCCCAUUACUUAAACAUAACCCUCAAAUACAAUGGUACCUCAACAAUUCAAACACCAGUUAUGGAAUUGGAUUUGAUUAGUGGAUAUUACAUGAAGAAUACUGUAUUAAAAAUGAUGGAGUCUCUUAGUUACAUUACCAAAAUUGAAAAAAAUGGACAAUCUGUUUUAACAUUUUUUCUUCAAAAGCUUGAACCUGGCAAGGAGAUUGUUUUGAAUCUCACCCUACAAAGAGGGAAUGAAAAACACUUGACACCUUCUUCAAUAAAGAUAUACAAUUAUGAUAAACCACAUGAAAGCUGUGUAACAUUGUAUCCAAAGGAGAAAUAUUUUGAAUUGUUCUGUGAUUCCAAUAUAUGCAUGUGUCCAGAAGGAUGUUUCACAAGUCCCUUUUUGAAAACAAAAGACAUGUGGAAUAUUUUUUGCAAGCCAAAUCAAGUCGGGAUAAGUGUGACAAUUCAGGAUGAAGAAAUGAGAAAUCUAACAGAACAAAAGCAGUCCAGAAUAAUUUACAAAGGAGAAACAGAUAAAAGAUUCACAAGAGAUUCAGGUAUAAUAGAAGAAAAAAAGAUAGUAGAUGUCAUAAUAGACAGAAAAUGUUCUAUGUCAGACUUAAACAAAGGAGAACGCUAUAUAAUUGUGACGAACAAGUAUAGGCAAUAUUCCACAGCCAGGGAUAAAUACUGGAUUGAUGGUUAUGGAUUUGCUGUCAGAUACAAUGAUGAAAAUAUAAAGAAUCAGGUUAAAGAGUUUAUAAAUCAAAUGAAGGAAAUAGCUAAAAAUUUCUGCCAAAUUGUUAAUGUAUAA